AAAAAUUAAUGUCUAUGGAGGACAUUUUACAAAUAAAACAAUCAUAUGUGUAACGAGAGGUCUAAUGUGACUAAAAUUAAUUCAGAGGUACAACAAAUAGUUAAGAUGACUUAUCAUGUAUUUGUUCUGUCAAUUGAAUCAAGAAGAUUAUCGUGUUUAAUCUGCCUGGCUACAGCCUGCUACAGUUCAUGACAAGUAAAUCUAACCACACGGCAAAGCUGGAAAUCUGCAGAUAUUAACACUUCAAACGUCAUGGUUUGACCGGCUGCUUUCCAGCGCAAAGCAAAGCAGGGUCACAGCCACCGUCGCCCUCUCAGCACGCUUCUCCUCUAACAAGCUCAUCACGCGCAAAGAGCAUCCCCAAAAAUGAGAGCGGGAAGGGGUUCGUUUCUUAUUCAAGACAGUAAGAGCCAAAUUUAUGAAUGAUUUACUCCUGGGGUUGAGGGCUUGAUGCAAAUGAGCAUAAAGGAAGUUGUCAGCAGCAUCAUACUCUGGCCAAUGGUAGGAAAGCUCCAUCUUAGCAGUGCCAUAGGCUGCAUUAAAAAAAGGGACCAGAACAGCGCUCUUUCAGCAUCCUUUCAGACAAGAGCCCCCAAAUCCGUGACAGUGAGCACACCAAGACAACUCUUCAAAAAUGGCAACCCUCAACACCACUCACUGGAACGAGACUACAUCAAUUUCCCAGUAUCUGGGCUUUCAAGUGCAAAAAAUUUACCCUUUCCAUGAUAACUGGAACACUGCCUGCUUUAUUAUUCUGAUCAUAUUCAUCUUUACUGUAGUUUCUCUGGUGGUGUUGGCUUUCCUCUAUGAACUGCUAGACUGUUGCUGCUGUGUGAAAAAUAAAACUGUGAAAGACUUGGAGAAUGAACCCAAUCCUGUCAGAGCAAUGAUGAACAGCUUCAGAAAGCAUGAAACAGAGGUGGUGUAGGAAUGACUGAGCAUCAGCACUUGAAGAAUGUUUAACACCUUGAAUGAAGCCUCUUGUAUCUUACAAAUGAGCAAGUCACAUGCUUUUUUUUCUUUUGGACUUAAAUAUAACAGCAACAGUUAUCAUUUUACCUCUGGAUGUGAACUUGAGUAAUUGGCAAAGGCUUUCCGAGUGCUUAGCAGAAGGAUAAUCUGUUGCAAUGUUAUGGGGGGAGAAAAGAUAUUUGUUUUCAAAUGAACUUUUGUUGUUUAUAUUGAGUUACUAGCAUAGAUCUUUGUCUACCUGAACAAACAAAUGUUGCCUAACAUGCAUAAAACUAUGUUGCUUAACUGGAGAAAACGUUUAUAAAAACGCUCAACAAUCUGAUCAUACAUACUGCAAAGACACAGCAGUGUCCUCCCACUGAGGUCAACCACACAGACAUACAAGGGGUGAGAAAAAAGAUACGAGAUAGAAGGGUUGCAUGGCAAGAGAUCCCACGAGACAGGAGACACUUGUGUGAAUUCUUGCCUUUGACAGCUCUUCUUAAUUACGGGUUUCUUGCUUUUAGAAGAGAGGGUGCUGGGAGGAAAAGUAAACCAACAUGAAACGUAUCCCCUAAAAUGGUCUUUUCUAACCUCCUGUGGUACAAUUUGACCCUUUCUCCCUCCCCUUCUCCAGUUCCAGAGAACUGCUCUCCCCUUACUUCAUAUUCAACCUGUUUAACAACUUCUGGGUGUUGAGACGUGACUAAUGCACUACCUUAAGAAUAUCUGACUGUUUCCACAAAAGCAUAUUGUAGUGGCACUACGGUUUAGAAGAAACAGGGACAUUUUUCUGCCCCAAGGCUGCUGCCUCUAUGGUAACCACAACACCACAGGGAGUCAGACAUGCUGGAGAUUAACUUUUCAAAGCUGAACUGGAACCGACUGAGUUCUCGCCAAGGAACACAAGCAGACGGGUCGCAGAUCUCCCACACCGAUGACAGUAAUUUCGCUCAGCCUGCACACAGCUUUCAGGUGUCGACAUGUUUCACAAAGGAGGCCACACCAGGAUAAGCCUUGUGCUAAAGACGGCAGGAUGGAUGCACGGCAAGAAGCGACUUCAUUUUGCACAAGAGAAUCUCAGCUUGCUUCAUCCGCCUGCCGAUGCAUCCCAAAGAGUUCACACUCACACCUUUCUCACAAACUGACCGCCUAACACUCAGACCUCUAGCUCAACAGAUUGUUUUUCUUCUGUAGCUGCGUUGCAUCUAUAGUUUUUAAAACCAUAAAAGUUUUGCAGUUACAAAUUACAACUGUAAUAAUGACGUCCAACAGCGUGGCCAUCAGUAAGGCCUGAUUAAGUCUUUCAAACUCCUGAACCCACAGAGAAGCAGGCCAGCGAGAAAUGUCCCAGACCAAAGCUACAUGUGGGACGAGAUAUUUAACUAUAUAAAACCCAAAUAAUAUUCCUGUCAUUAGGGAAACAAAACCCACCUAGUGGCCAAAUGGACCAGUAAGCUACAACGCUGAUCUUGCAGUCUAUCCACAUCAGAAAUAGCUCUGUGCUAUGGCCAGUACCUGUAAUUAUCUCUUUUUUUUUUUUUUUUUUUUUAAAUAUAUAAACUGCCUCUAUCAGGUUCAGUAUGCCUCAGCUCCAGAAGAUCCAGACACAAUGAAAGACUCACUAAUUUGACUCGUGCUCUUCCUGGUCAGUGAGAUGGAGUCACAAGACACGCAGGCCACUACUAACCAGCGCAGCCAGUCCAGUGAUUCACCUGGAGAAGCAACCUCCCUUCUGCAAUCACAAAAUGACACUACCACCGCUGCAACCAUUCAUCUCAGAUACACUUGUUACGGUGAAGUCCCGCCAGUACCAGUCCCACGUGCAGCGAAUGCUUUUAGCUAAGAAUCAAACUAUAAGCACAAUUAACGGAAGCUGACACCCCAGGUACAAGACAACUUAGGAUCAACACCAAGACGUACGACGAAGCUAGUGUUAGUGACAAUAAUGCUUUCUGCUGUCAGGGACACCGGGUAGAUGCCUCAUUACGUUCUGCUGUAUUUGACAGUGUCAGCCCUGAGAGACCCGUGUCCUGCUCAAGAUAGGCAACGGUAGCCGUCGGGAUGCACUGAAUUAAUUAACAUGCCUCUUUCCUGAAAGCAAACACUCUGAACAGCAACAGGACUGCUGGCCACUUGCAGCGUCCCUACAAAAUGCUCAAUAUCGCUGCACACAAGAAGGCAGUGUACAGGAAGUAACACGGCUAGCCUCUGCUACGCUGGCUUCGUGUUCUCAUGCCUCCCUGAGAAGCACAUGCAAUGACAAAUCUUGGGACUCAUUCCAGCUACUUAUUUCACAGAUCUAUAAAGGGGGCUGGGUGUUUGCACAAGGAACAGAAGACAAAGAUCUACCCUUGCACAGCCCUAGAGCCUCAGGACAAUUCUUUCCCAAAUGUAGACCAAGUCAUGAAACAGCUCCUGGAGAUUUCAGCUCUCAACUACUGUUGUCUAAGACCAUCAAGACAAAGGUCUUAAGAUAAAGACUAAGGCUUUAGGCACAACUUACUAUUCAUUAAUAAAAAGAAAUAAACAGCUAUGAUCAAUUUCA